UGUAAUAACAAAUAUAAUAUUAAGCGUGUACAAUUAUCUUGAUACGUUCGUAUAACCCGAAAACGUCGGAAAAGUACUCAAAACCUUCACGCCUGUUCAUCGUCAGAUCUCUCCUAAAAUUUUCCAUUUGCAGGAUUCGCUAUCAUGGCCAAUUACGAGGAAUCAAGCCCUCUUUUAGCAAAUCAAUCUCUUCAUCUAGACGCCAACAACGAUCCACAAUCAAACGUAACCAUCAACGACGAAAAUAACAAGAAAUCCACCACCAAAACCCCGAUCCCCAAUUCACAGAAAGCUGCUGUGGCGGCGGACACGAAGCAGUCUUCACCUCCGGUAGCAUCAGGGUUUCAUCAUGCUGUUUACGGCUGGACUGCUGACGGAUUGCCAUUGACUAAUGGCGGUGCUAAUGUGAUGGGAGAGCCGAUGCCUAGGGCUCAAUGGGACUCGGGUCUAUUUGCGUGUCUAGGUCGUAACGAUGAGUUCUGUAGCAGCGAUCUUGAAGUCUGUCUUCUUGGGAGUGUGGCCCCUUGUGUGAUUUACGGAAGCAACGUUGAAAGACUUGGAUCUACUCCUGGAACUUUCGCAAAUCAUUGCUUACCUUACACUGGCUUAUACCUAAUUGGGAACUCCUUUUUCGGAUGGAAUUGCAUGGCCCCAUGGUUCUCAUAUCCCACUCGCACAACAAUCCGUAGAAAGUUCAACCUUCAGGGUAAUUGGGAAUCAAUGAGCAAAUCAUGUGGUGGAUGUUGUGAUGUGGAUGAAGAACAACUAGAACAAGCAGAAAUAGCUUGUGAUUUUGCAACUCAUGUUUGUUGUCAUCCUUGUGCUCUUUGUCAAGAAGGGCGUGAGAUUCGUCGUAGGGUUCCUCAUCCUGGAUUUGGGGCUCAACCGAUGCUGGUUAUGAUCCCUCCUAGGGAGCAGACCAUGGGUAGGCAUGGAGCUUGAAAAGUGAAUGAGAAUGGAAUUCAAGAUUUGUUUCUUUAAAUGUGUUUCUUGAAAAGAUAUUAUAUACUUAUAGUAAUAUGUGUGUAAAUAAAUCACAAGGUGAUUGAUGUUUGUUUAAAUGAAUCAAGUAAUGUUGGGUUUAAUAAAGUUCAAAUUUUAGUCCUC